UGCACUUGCGCAUGCGUUUUCUAUCAGUUCCGUUAAGGCUUAAUAAUUUGCGCAGUGUUGUUGUUUAUAUAACAUAACUUUGCUGAAAAGAUACUGUCAGAAAAGAACGCAUGUUGUAAACUCGUGUCAGAGCGAAAUGAAUGAAGACGAGAGUCAAAGUGACGAAGCACAAUACGAACAUUGGAUGGGAAAAUUUGAAGCAGAAUGCUUUCAACAACUGGAAUCCGAGGACAACAUGGAAGAACGACUCGAGUCGGAAAGAGAGCUUGCUGUUCAGCAGCUGUGGAUAACUUUUCAAAACUCAGCUACGGCAAUAGCUCAGCUAUAUAAAGAGCGGCACCAAGGGCUUCUGCAGUUAUGGCUUCCUUUUCAGAGUGCUGCUCUGGCUGUAACAAAUUUAUACAAAGAUAGCAUUGACAGGAUGCAGCAUUGUUUAGAUAUUGGUCAGCAAUGUGGACGGUACAGCAGAACAAGAGACAUUGUUGCAUGGGUACGCAAAAAACAUAGACGUAUCCGCCGUGAAGAACUGUUAGGAUUUUUGUGUGGAAAAACCAUUCCUGGAAGAAGCCGCAUGAAUGGAGCGUCCGGACGGCAGUUCCUCUGUGGUGGAAUAGAACGAAACUUACCUCGUCAUGGCAUUAAUCAUGGUCAUGUGAAUCCAGGCAAUGGUGACAGGGAUUUGGAUGCAUUCAAAGAAGCUAUUGCACUUCAAGGUUUAAAUGGUGCAAUGUCAAACAUCAGCAUGGGGUUCCAUGGUCAUGGUGGGAGUGCACAGCAAGUUAAUGCUGUCAGCCGAGGCAACUUUGAAGAUUUAAACCACUUUAUCCAUGAAGAAUUUUCUCGUAACGAAGGAAGAAAACGUUCUAGUUCUUCACCAGACCUUGUGAUAGAUUCACCUUCAAGGAAACGUUCCCGCUUGCUUUGAUGAUUUAGUCUUUUAAAGUGUUUCAUAAACAUUCUUUUAGAAUCAAAAUGUUUGAUUGCUUAUUAUCAUAAGAUAAAGUAAGAUACUGCAGCAUGCUUACCGUUUCACAUAAAUAUGAAAAUUAUGUUUAUAAAUGCAGUUAAAUUAGUGCUUAGUGCUGAAAUUACUUGAAUAUUAUUUCAGAAUAUUCACCAUAGCUUCUGAUAUUUAAGUACAUGGUGCACUUUCACACUGCUAUGGAGUGCAAGUGAAAUUCUUUGUUUAGGAUCCAAACAUUUAACAUUAAUAGCAGCCAUAGAGUUUUUAAGUCUUUGAUCAUUCAUAAAAGUGUAUUUUAUUUUAAUUUUUUUUAAGUUAUUAACAAUUCCUCCGUCAGGCAAAAGAGUUUUUUUUUUUUUUUUUUUGGUUGGUAUGCUGUUGUUGUCAUUAACUACCCAUCAUAAAUGCCUUUAACAAUGCUUGAUGACCUUUUCAUUUGGCUAUAAAGUAUGGAGACAUGAAGUACAAAGAUUUUAACCACUUGUUUUUCCCUUUUGAAGUAAUGAUUGCCAAGACAGCUGUUGGAAGCAGUGAACCAAAAAGAAAACAAUGAUGAAGGAGAUCAUGUUUGAUACAAAGUAUUUAUUGCAUCAAAUCAACCCUUACAUUCAAACAUGCACAGCAAACAAAAAUUAUUAUACUUCUGACCAUCUCUUCGAUUGCCCCUUCCAACACGCACAGCAGAUGAAAAGAAAUGUGUGCAAUUGAUCCUAUUUUAUUAUAGAUUUUAAGUUUUGCAUUAACUGAAUUUUUACCAUGCCUAUUAAAAAAAAAAAAAACCAGAUACAAACUCCAAGAUAUACGAAUUUUGGCCGGAUGGAUGCCUGCUUUCAUGAGCACCUGUUUUUAGAAAACACAAUAACUUCCUAAAAUGUUCACUUCCAACAUAUUUAACUGAGAUAAAUAAAGUGGAGAAUCUGUAAGUAUUUGUGAAAAUUUAUUAAUUGUUACAAAAAAAUACUUGAACAUGUUCUAUUAAUUUGCUUUAAUGGUGGUGGUGGGCUUUGUGGCAUUAUGGUUGGAGAGGAAUGUCAUAAGUUAGGUCGAUGAUUAGAAACCUUCAUUUUUGCACCCAGAAUUGAUCGGUACCCACUCUUUUAAGGAAGGCAAAAGGCACUGGAAAGAGAACUUUGAGCUCCAACUUUAACAUGAUUUUGCCUGAAUAUAGUAAACCACCUGCAUUUCACUAACCCUGCAGCAUUUGAAACAAAUUUGAUGAUUACUAUGUCAAACAACUCACUGAAAUGAAAAUUGUAGCAAGCAUAUUAGACAUGAAAGGAAUGGAAUGUACUGUAUAGUUGUCCACAUCCUAGUAUGUGUAACAUUGCAAGUAGCCUUGAUGUUUGAAAAAUAUUUUUGAUAACAGUUUCAGUCAUAAACCCUUCAAGUAGGUGUUUUAAAUAUCUUAAUCACCUACCUAAGGGAUUCUUAAUCUUUUUUUAAGUAGAAGCAUGAUUCGUCUGCAUGUUUUGCAUAAAAACCUUCCUGUACUGACCUAUGUUUUUGUAAUCAAUGCUGGUGCUUGAGUAUGUUUCCAUAGAACAAUAUUUGUGAAAGUAAUCUGUGGAGAGAAAUAUUUUGGCAGUAAAGGAGUGCAAAGCAGAUGGAAAUAAUUUUAAAAUGAUGAAAGUAGGCAAGACAGAAUAGUGCAUUGGUGCUUAUUUUUUAAAGUCAUUUUUGAAAAGUAACUCAACAAUGUGGUGUCUGGUUUGUUGCAAAAGUAUAAAAUGGAAAUUGAAGCUGAUUGAGACAUUCUAGCAGAGCAAAUACUGAAAAAGGAUUAAACAAUUUGUGAGGUAGAGAUUAAGUGUUUUCUUUUCUUUACUUGAAAACACAUUUCUGAAAACUAAGAUCCAUCCAUUUUCACAGUUUAUAAAACGCACCCUUUGGUUUUGAUACACAGAACUGUGAACUAUGUGUAUUCACUUUUUCCAUGCCAGAGUUAGACAAGUUGGAUACGCAUCACAGAGCACAAAAGAAAAAAGUGUUAAAAUACAAAAUAAGCUUACAAAUCACAGUAAAAUAACAAUGAAGCAUGAAGUUACUUAUUUUUUUAAAUGUAAAUAAUAACAGAAUUGAGAAAACUGAUUUCAGUAGUGGCAUUUACACACCCCUUGCAGAACACACAGCUUUAAUAUUGUGUCUGCCAUUGGCCCAAAUGCAUAAAGCACUGUUGUUUUUAAUUGACUGAACCAGUGUUUUCAAGGUCAUUGAAGGAAUGCCACCCAUGCUGAAGAAAAAGGAACACCAGCCAGUACAGGUGUCAGCCAGUACAGGUGCCAGCAAGUGUUCGAGAUUUUGCUCUUGUACAUCCAGCACCCCAUAUGUGUCCUCUAGCCGAAUCUCAAAGCAGUAUGUCAGCGCACAAACAAAGCCACCAGUGCAGUAGAGUGAAAGCCUAGACAUGGUAUACUCUAUACCAGGGGUGGGCAAUUAAUUUUCCCAAGGGGCCGGAUGAGAAACUGGAAUGGUUCUAGAGGGCCGGAUGAGAAACUGGAAUGGUUCUAGAGGGCCGGACUAAUAUAGUUAGCUCAGUUUUACCCAAUACUGUAUAUAUAGUAUAUUUACUGGUGGGCGGCCAGCGGGCGGGCCGGUCAGAGACAGGAGGCGGGCCGGCGUUUGCCCAGGUCUGCUCUAUACUGAGUGUGUGAUAAGGCUUGAGCUCACUGGUUGCAUUACCAGUAUUCACCAUCUUGCUCAUCUGAACUUGCAGCAUCUGCUCUUGCUAUUACAGACUGUUGUUUCAGGCAUUGUUGAUUAAAAUAUUAAAUAUUUUUUCUGAUUAAGUCAGUGGGUUGUGUCAUGGUGUAUUGGAUGUACUGUAUCUGAAUUUUAUUUGUUUUUCACCAAAAUGUGAAAUAUGUGAUAGGAAUUAGCUUCACUCAGGCACAAGAAAGAAAUUGAAAGCCCCACGCAUCCAAUGUCUGGUUCAGUUUCAUCAUGUGUUCAUUAAAUGGAAUUUGGCUUUCUCAUUUUAUCAUUGAUAACAUGAGAAAAUACAGUUAAAAGAACUAAAAUAAUUUGACAAUUUAAUAGCUAGAUUUAGUUACAACCAGUUUACAGUGUGCAAACACUGAAAAUGUUACCUUAAAGAUGUUAUCAUUGUCGGCGUAAUGUAAAUGUUGAGUGUAUGCACUCAGUAGACAUGGUUCAUUAGUACUUCACAUUGUAAAAUAUUAAAUGAAUCAGCAUUUUACAGACAUAAUCAUUAAACUAUUAAAUAUGCAUUUCCAUCAGUGAAGAUUCAUUUCUUUUUGUUUUCGCAUGUGCAAGUUAUUUCUGUACAGCAUGUGCUUAUUUACAUCAUAUAUCUUGUGUUCGUUGCUUAAAACAUGCUUUGCCUACACAGUCUUUAUUAAGUCAUUAAUGAGCCUACCAUUAUUGAUAAUUGAGCAGAACUUUGAUGAGGCAUUUUUAUGGUCUCCUUCCCUGUUAUUGCUGUGUUUAAUGUACUUAAGUGAUGUAGAGGAGUUUUAUUAGAUGCUUCUGCAACACAUCUUACUAAGGAAAAUAUGUAAUUAGUAAAUGGUUCAAACAUAUAGUCAUGAAAGAUGCUGGAUAAGAGUGGCCUACCUAGUCAAGCAUCAAUAAAUAAUUUUCUUUCCCCUUUCA